AUGUCGGACGACGAGGAGCGUGUGACCAAGCCAUUUAUGUUCGUUACUGGCCUACUUUCUCGACAAUACUCUACCACAGUCCUUAUGUUCACCACUACGAACGACUUGAUCGAUAUAUCACCAGUGCGCACGCGUAUACAAACUAAUCCUCCCCCUCGCAUAGGUUUCGACGCCCGUUUUCCGAACCAAAAUCAGACCAAGCAUUGCUGGCAGAACUACGUUGACUACUUCAAAUGCAUCAACGCUAAGGGAGAAGAUUUCAAGCCUUGCCGCCAGGUACAUAUACCCUUAGUCGUUUCUUCCAUGCCUAUCGCUCCUUAUGUCCUCGCUCUUGGCAUGAAAGAUGGGAUGAGCAGCGUGGUGCAAAAUGGCACUUUCCCAGCCCGGCUGGACGAGUAA